UAAAAUGUAUACGUUCGAUUUGGGUCGCCAGAUGCGCCGAGUGGUAUUUUGGGGUUGCACUUUGGACUAGUAGUAAAUAAGGAGAAUGGAGCGGAAACAGUUCACAGACACUAAAUCAAGCGCACCUACCCUCAUUGGUCCAUUCGAGUUACUAUGAAAUUUAAACCACGCCUUCAGAUUGUAUCGCUACAAAAAUUAUUUGUGGACACUGAGACCGAUCAUACUUCUUCAUUCAACAAAGUUAUUAACAGACAUCUACUAACUAUGACUCUACAAUUCACAAAAUGUCAAUCUGUAUUAAUUACUGGAGCGAGCAGAGGCCUCGGUCUACAAAUGGUGAAAGACCUGGCGAGAAGCACCGAGAGACCCAAAACAAUAAUAGCGACUGUUCGCAAUCCAGCCGCAGCACAGGAUCUUCAAAAUAUUGCCAAGUCCUGCGAAGGUGUUCAUAUUGUACAGCUUGAUGUUGUCAGCCAGUCAAGUAUAGACUCAGCAUUGCAAGCGGUGUCAUCUAUACUGGGAAGCGAUGGGCUGAAUUGCCUCAUAAACAACGCAGCCAUCAAUCCAUCCACUGAUCUGAAGACAGUGACACCUGACUCCAUGAUGAAGACUUUUGAGAGUAAUACUGUUGCCCCUCUUUUUGUCACCAAGACAUUUCUGCCAUUGCUACAGGCAGCUGCUGCACGGGGCACUGGAAUGGGGAUCCAUAGAGCAGCUGUGAUCAACAUCUCUUCCAUACUUGGCUCCAUUAAGCUCAACUGGGGAGCCGGAGCAGCCUUCAAAAGCUAUGCCUACAGAAUCUCAAAGGCUGCCUUGAACAUGACGACAAGGUGUCUGGCCACUGACCUGGAAUCUGAAGGGAUUCUGUGCAUGGCUCUUCACCCUGGCUGGGUGCGCACUGACAUGGGUGGCCCACACGCGGAUUUGAGUGCGGAGGAAAGCAUAUCAUCUUUGCUGUCUGUUAUCACUGAUCUGACAGAAAAAAAUCAUGGGGGAUUCUUGGACUACUCUGGAAACAAGCUACAAUGGUGAAGCUCAACUUGGAAACAGUAACUUGUGGAAUGGGUUAUGUGCAGUUGUUCUGCUGGUGCUGCCAACAGUUCACUGGGACAAAACACUGAGCAGAGAUCACAGAAUAGAACGAACAACUGCAACAUCAUGCUAUUAUGUUGCUCAGCAAUCUCUGAUUCCUUUGUAUCUAGUUGGUCUGAGAGAGAACUUGGGAGAUUUGACAUUUUAAAUUGGAGACUUUGUUUCAUCUGAGUGGUUUGGGUUGUUGUUACACUUUCUAAAGGUAAUCUCACUGUUUGAAUACAAAAUAUAUACUGUAUAAUACAUAUAUAGGAACAACAAUGUUUUGCCAUUCAAAGGUUUUAUUCAAUCCAUUUCUUUCAAAUUAUAAUAAGAACGUGAUUAAUCUGUAUAGCAUAUUGUUGUUAUGAUGACACCAGUAUCCAGUAUAAUGGGAAAUGUACAGAUACUGUUGUUUGUAGGCGGGUGAGGCAUAGAGAAGAGAUCAGUUGAACUAGGGCUGACCCAUCUCUUCUGAUGUGAGAGAGGAAGGCAUGGUAUCCAGAGCUCCGAUUUCUGUAAGGUAGAUGACAAAACAUUUGAGUGAGCACAGUUAGUUAGAUGGUUAUAACUGAUUAGGACUAUGCUAGUAUUUGCUCUGUUCCAAAUGUUGUCGCAACAUAUAGCCAGGAAUCUUGACUAUAAAUGUAAUCUGUAAAUAAAUUUGAAAUACAAAUAUAA